AAUAAUAAAUUAUAUAUCCAUGCCAAAUUUCAGCUUUCUAGCACUAACGAUCACGGAGCAAAGCCUCGGACAGACAGACUGACGUGGUGAAACUAUAAGGGUUUAGGAACCCUAAAAAAACGAAAGAGAAAAUAGCAAGAAGUAUACAUAUUGUAAAAUUAUCUUUAGAUAGGUGAAUACAUUUUAGUAUUGGCUGGUACGCUAUUAGUCCCCAUCUACUCAGUAGUUCCCUAAAAAUAAAACAAAGAACUUCCUAAAUUAAAAACAUUUCGUCUUUAUCUCCAUAUACGAUCCACAUAAAUAUCACCCAUUGUCUGGCCCAGCCAAGCCCCUAAAAUAAGAGCUUCCGAAGCAUUGUUUACAAAUUCGCGAUGUUCAUAAUUACUUCCGAAUCCGUGGGAAUCUCCACUGUUAUCAGCAAAACUACUGACCAGUCCGAUACAAAAACCAGUCUAAAGACAUGUGUAGAUUAACCGUAGUUGUUACAUAUCUCGGGAUCAACAUAUAAAAGUUCACUGCAAAAUUAUUGGUCAAUAAGUCUGGUUUUGCGUAUUUCGAGUUUGCGUGGGGGUGACCUCGCUCUGACCUAUAAAUACUAUAUGCUCCCGCAAAAAAACUAACACAACCAAGAAGUAUCGGAAGAAAAUGGCGGCUCUGAGAGUACUUUUUGCUGUCGCCCUUGUCGGCUUCUUCGGGCCGGCCCUUACUCAAGAUGCCGUAAGUGGGGCGGGAACACAUUUGGUGAGAGAGCCGCGCGGGCAUAAAAAAAGGUUAUGCAGAAAGUAUGGGAUUUGUGGGCAGCAGGGUUUCGGAGGGCAACAAGGGUACCACCAACAAGGGUACCAACAAGGGUUCCAGCAAGGGUAUCCACCGGCGAUUAACAUUGGUAUCAGCCAGUCUCAAUCCUCAGCAAGCGCUGGAGGAGGUGGUUAUAGCAACGGCUACUACCCUAACAAUUAUCAAUACAACGGGCCUCAACCGGGGUACGGCGGCUACCAUGGAGGCUUUGGAGGUUUCGGAGCUCCUCAUGGUUAUGGAAAACCAGGCUUCAAUAACGGACAAGGAGGAUUUAACAACCAGUUCAAUGGGAACUACUACGGCCCUGGAGCCGGCAAUGGGUUCGGGUUCCCUGGACAAGGUGGAUACUAUGAUGAGACUCACGACGAGGGAUCACAUGAUGGAGCGAUCACACAUGAACAGGAGCAGAAUGACCAGGCGAUCUUCGGUGAUGAUCAUGGUCAACCAGAAGGCCCUCAUGGACAAGGACAUGACUACGCUGUUUCCGAUUCCUUUGCUUUUGCUGGUCGCAAAAAUAAUUAAGUUAUAGCCAAAUUAAUUCUAAUAAAUAUUUAUUACUAUAAGAAAAGUAGUUAAGUACCAACCCAUCUGUGAUAAGAUAAACGAAUAUGAUAACAUGACAUGAUAACUCGAUGAUGAUGAUGAUAUAAAAUAAAAUUGUUUCAUAAUAUCUAGAUGUGUGCUUAUUUUGUCACUAUUCAUUAUUUAUCGAAUUAUAUACAAAAAUCUCUCGUGAACGUACCUACUGGUCUGUCCGUAAUUUGAAAGCAACAGUCAAUUUAAAAUCAUUAACUAGUAUGAUUAUAGAAAAACAAAAUAGAGUUUUAUACUAUUUCUAAUUUUAAAACUAAUACGGGAUUUAAUCGCGUAAACUUACGUUUAUUAUAUGGCCUGACGUUUCGAACGUGACGUUACGUUAUUUCUGUCAGUGUCUCUAAAGAUAUCUUAAAUUUUCAGCGGUUUGACAAGACCUCUAUACGAUCAUGUCGAUCAGAAAAAUAGCACACUCCAAAUCACUUUCAAAUCUCUGACCCAGCUGACCCCCGAUUCGCAAACGGGCAAUUAAGUGCUGCUCCCAAAAUUUACGAUAAUAAUCAUUGAAAACCCAUCUCAUUGUACCGGUCCGUGUAUUUAC